AACGCAGCCAUAACUGUGGGGGAACGAUUAUCCGAUUUGAUCGGUGACAACCGAGAGGUCCCGUUAGUUGUAAACGCAGAGUGGAUAGGUUGACGUUUGUUUGCUAUUUACAGUGUUAGAUUGUGCAUUAUUCUACUUUUAUUAUCAGGGUGACAUCUGUGUCGAGGGAUAGGCUACAGUAUGUUUAUUUUAUUUGGAUGAACCGAGCAGACAGCAAGUUCCAAGAAUUGGAUCGCCGAGGAGCUGAAUCUGCCGCCUGCGAGCCUAUGAUCCGGUAUAUUUAUCAGUCUAUGAAGCCUACUGUAUGAAAUUCAAGUAUGUCAGGAAAACAUUUUAAAGGCCAUGAAGUCAGUUGCUGCAUCAAAUAUUUUAUUUUUGGAUUUAACAUAAUAUUUUGGUUGCUGGGUGUGGCCUUCCUUGGAAUCGGACUAUGGGCAUGGAAUGAGAAGGGUGUUCUCUCCAACAUCUCGUCCAUCACAGACCUGGGGGGCUUUGACCCUGUCUGGCUCUUCCUGGUGACGGGAGGGGUCAUGUUUAUCCUGGGCUUCGCCGGCUGCAUCGGAGCGCUGAGGGAAAACACCUUACUGCUCAAGUUUUUCUCUGUAUUCCUGGGGAUCAUCUUCUUCCUGGAGCUGACGGCUGGAGUGUUGGCCUUUGUCUUUAAGGACUGGAUCAAGGACCAGCUCAACUUCUUCAUCAACAAUAACAUCCGGGCGUACCGUGAUGACAUCGACCUCCAGAACCUCAUAGACUUCACACAGGAAUAUUGGGAGUGUUGCGGCGCAUUCGGAGCGGACGACUGGAACCUCAACAUUUACUUCAACUGCACGGACACCAACCCCAGUCGGGAGAAAUGUGGCGUCCCCUUCUCCUGCUGCACCAAGGAUCCUGCGGAGGAUGUGAUAAACACGCAGUGUGGCUAUGACGUACGAGCCAAAACGGACGCAGAGCAGAAGACCUACAUCCAUGUGAAAGGCUGUGUGCCACAGUUUGAGAAGUGGCUACAGGACAACCUGACAGUGGUGGCUGGGAUCUUCAUAGGAGUUGCACUGUUACAGAUAUUUGGAAUAUGUCUGGCACAAAACUUAGUGAGUGACAUUGAAGCUGUGAGAGCAAGCUGGGUGCCCCCGCCCUCUCUCUCCAUGCGCCGACCCCCGCCUCACUCUGGAAAGAAAGGGUCUGCGUACUACGCGUGAGGAACAUGCUCGCGAGCGUGUGUAUGUAUGAACCACUAGCCGUUUGUUUACCUGAUGUCACGGUUUACCUGUCUUCACCCAGGAAUGCACAGGUCUCUUCAGCAUGGCUACGCCGUUCUCGGCGCAUCAGAAAAUGCUCAAAGCCUGCUACCACUGGGAAAGAUUCCUGAGAGCACCUGCACCAUGGUGACCUGCACAUUAUGAUCCUUUUUAAAGAUGGGUUUAGGGUUGCAAAUUUACAGUAACUUUCCAAAAAUUCCCAGGUUUUCCAGAAAUCCCAGUUGGCAGUUUUCUGGAAAACCUGGGAAUUUUGGGGAAAUGACCCUGUUUUGCAUCUCCAUUGUUCCAUGGGAUUCCAUCCAUGUGACAAACACUUUGUGUAGAAAUGUACAGAAAAUAAUGACCCCAAAAAACUUUGGGGAAAGUUGCUUGUAAAUGCACUGCAUGCCUGUCCCACAUAGGGUGGCCACAUUUAAAACACCCAAAUGCGAGACUACAGGAUGAUAUUGCGGGACAGUGUAGCCUACAUGAAUAAAAACAUUUGGCAGCCCCCCCCCCACUGGAAUUUAGACUGAACUGAAAGGAUUUUUACAAAUGUGAUUGGUUGAUGAUAUGACAUUGCCUACGUCUCUUCUGCCACUGGGCAAAAUAUCAGAUCUCAACAACGAUUGGAGAAGUGUUUAACAUCACCAGUAUUCUUAGACUACCACAUCCUAAUGAUAUCUUUUUUUCAUAAGCGCAUAUUAGUGGUGCUUGAAUUUGUUGAUAAAAUGCGGGACAUGAUUGUUUCGUUGUAGGAUGCGGUACAAAGGGGGAAAAAUGUGGGACUGUCACACGAUCCGGGACAUGUGGUCAACAUACUGGUCACAGUAGCAUGGAUUCUGGUUUUGUUUCAUUAGAAUGUGCAAAAGUUCUCUUAUUGACAAGUAUUUUUAACAGUAAAAUAGUAGCUGUAUUUGUGGUGACACUGUGAGCUUAGGAAAGAGAGUAAUGGUGCUAGAGGGCAAAUGUACAGUAGUAGUCACAGCCUUUAAGUCACGUUUCCUUUGAACUGCUGAAGCGUUGUCGGUUCAAGCGUUUUUGUUGCACAAAUGAGCAUUCGUUAUAUCCCAUGCCAUCUCUACCACCUGGUGAAAUACAUACAGGUAUUUCAGAUACUUUCAAAUACUUGAGGUGUGCUUGAUUUAGCAUGUUUGCACUUUUGGGACUAGUCUCAUGGUUCCAUUUUAACAGGCAAACUAAAUCAAGCACACUUAAAGGUCCAAUGCAGCUGUUUUUAUCUCAAUAUCACAUACUUUUUGGAUAAAAAUUAAGUACCUUACUGUGAUUAUUUUCAACAAUUUGAAUUGAAAACAAACAAAAAUAUCUUCUUGGCCUCUCGAGUGGCGCUGUGGUCUAAGGGUCUCCUACGACCGGGAGACCCAUGGGGCAGCGCACAAUUGGUCCAGCAUCGCGUUAGGGGGGGGGGUUUGGCCGGCAGGGAUAUCCUUGUCCCAUCGCGCUCUAGCGACUCCUGUGGCGGGCUGGGCACAUGCACGCUGACACGGUUGGCAGGUGUAGUACGGUGUUUCCUCUGACACAUUGGUGUGGCUGGCUUCCGUGUUAAGCGGGCAUUGUGUCAAGAAGCAGUGAGGCUUGGUUGGGUUGUGUUUCGGAGGACGCACGGCUCUCGAACCUUCGCCUCUCCCGACUCCCUAUCAGAGUUGCAGUGAUGAGACAAGACUAACUACCAAUUGGAUCCCACGAAAUUGGGCAGAAAAAAGGGAUAAAAAAAGUAUAAUAAUUGUUUCAAUCUCUUCUUAGCAAAGAGCAAUUUCUCUAGGACUGUGAGUGGUCUGAGUUAGGAGGGGGAAAACUGAAAAUUAGCUGAUAUUGGCAGAGAGGUUUGGAACUCUUUCUCAUUGGGCGGCAGGUAGCCUAGUGGUUAGAGCGUGGGUAAAAAUCUGUUGUUAUGCCCCUGAACAAGGCAGUUAACCCACUGUUCCUAGGCCGUCAUUGAAAAUAAGAAUUUGUUCUUAACUGACUUGCCUAGUUAAAUAAAGGUAAAAUAAUACAAAAAAAAUGUUGGGGUCUAUUUACUAAUUUACAGCAUGGUGGUGUCAACAGUAAAACUACAUCCACCAAAACAGGAUGACAUUUCAGGUGGUAUUUUCAAACAGCUCUGACACUAAAAUAACAUUAUCAUGUUCACAGUAUUAUUCCAACCUCAGCGUGGAAAGACACUUAAAACAUAGGAAAAUCACAUUUUUGACUGCACUGGGUGUUUUAAGUAUCAAUGUAUUUUGUCUGAUCUCUGCACACUCUACAUACAGGUUUUUAAUGGUUAAAACACGCUUUCAGUUCAUGUCCACUAUGGUGGUCUUCUGUUUUCAAUACCUCAAAGUGAAUAGUGUCAAUCUUUAGGAAUCCCUGCUACUCCUUAUUCAAUUUUGUUCUGAGGGCUGAAUGUGAUUGGUUGGAUGAAAGCGAAACUACCAUUGGUUGGACAUUACAACGGCCAGUGAGAGUGAAAAGAAAACUCAGUUGCUGUCAUAUUUGUAGGUGGUGGAUUGUGUAGCACUUGGCUUGCCAUGCUGAAGGUCCCUGGUUCAAAUCCCUGUGUGGUUUCAGUUUUCUAGCUCAACUAUCAGUGGGCGGGGCAUUCAAGGACCAGUGAGAGUGAAAUAAAGAUAAGGCCAAGUGGGACGUUUGAUUGGUUUUGACAAGAUGGGAUACCACUUUUGUCAGAUUUGACUUUUCUUAGCAGGUUAGGAGAAUUUACAUAGCAGGUUAGAAGAAUUAGGAUAAGGGUUAGAUAAAAUGCCCCAAAAAUGAACUGACUUAAUUUAACAAACGCUUAUAGCCAUGACCGAGGUGGAUGGACUUUUAACCAAGUUAACCAAUCACAGCCAGGACCAGUGACAGGUGAGAGUUAAAUCAAAUAAAUCCUGUUAGGGAGGUAGGAGGGCAUUAAACAUGGGUUGUGAGACACAAGGUCCCUGGUUUGAACCUUUCUAAAGUUGACCUUUAACAUUUUAUUUUGACUGUUUAGAGUGAAAAGACCAAAACGUUAGGCUGGUGGGUGGUGUCCUAGGUGGCAGAGGGCAUAACACAAGGGUUGCCAUUCAGUGGUUUCUUCACUUGAUUCCCAGUAUGGUCUUUAACGUGACUUUUAUGAACUUGACCAAUCUCACUGUUUUCUGCCCUCAGAACAAGUUCCUGUUUUUCUUUCAUUUCCAUGAAAUAAAUCAUUUUCUUUGUUGACCUGAUGACUUUGUUAAUAGUGUUAAUUGUUAAUAAAGAAGGGACAUGACAAAGUGA